AUGAUGAGCGAGGAGUGUCCCGUUCCGCUGGGGAGCAUCUCCUUAGCAGGGCCGGGGCAGAGUGAGGACUACGGCUUGGCGCACGCUGAUGACAUCAUCGAGGAAGUGGGUCCAGGGGAUGACAUCAGCAUCGGCAGUGACCUGAGCACUCUCGUGUUGCCCUUCCCGGAGCUGGCGCCUGUGGUCUUCUUCUGCCUCAAGCAGACCACCUGCCCUCGCAACUGGUGCAUCCGCAUGGUCUCCAGCCCGUGGUUCGAGAGGAUUAGCAUCAUGGUGAUCCUGCUCAACUGCGUGACACUGGGCAUGUACCAGCCCUGUGAGAACAUCGACUGCAACUCGGACCGCUGCCAGAUCCUGCAGGCCUUUGAUGCAUUCAUCUACAUCUUCUUCGCAUUGGAGAUGGUGAUAAAGAUGGUGGCUCUUGGGAUCUUCGGGCGCCGCUGUUAUCUGGGAGACACCUGGAACAGGCUGGACUUCUUCAUCGUCAUGUCUGGGAUGGUAGAGUAUUCGCUGGACCUGCAGAACAUCAACCUGUCGGCCAUUCGGACGGUUCGGGUCCUUCGGCCCCUCAAAGCCAUCAACAGGGUGCCAAGUGAUCACGCCCUUAAGAUUCAUACCUCCUCGUCCAACAGGACAUGCUUUGGACAUUGUAAAGACGUCUGGAAUGAUAUGAGGAGGAAACUGUGGGGCAUUGUAGAGAGCAAGUACUUCAGCAGGGGCAUAAUGAUCGCUAUUCUCAUCAACACUAUCAGUAUGGGCAUCGAGCAUCAUAACCAGCCAGAGGAGCUGACCAAUGUCCUGGAGAUCUGCAACAUUGUCUUCACCAGCAUGUUCACCCUGGAGAUGAUCCUAAAGCUGACUGCUUUUGGUUUCUUUGAGUACCUGAGGAACCCCUAUAACAUCUUUGAUGGCAUCAUUGUCAUCAUCAGCGUGUGUGAGAUCAUCGGUCAGGCAGACGGCGGUCUGUCAGUGCUGAGGACCUUCAGGCUGCUGAGGGUCAUUAAGCUGGUGAGGUUCAUGCCUGCGCUGAGGCGGCAGCUGGUUGUGCUGAUGAAGACUAUGGACAACGUGGCCACUUUCUGUAUGCUGCUUAUGCUCUUCAUCUUCAUCUUCAGUAUCCUGGGAAUGCAUAUCUUUGGUUGUAAGUUCAGUCUGAAGACGGAGGCAGGAGACACAGUGCCUGACAGGAAGAACUUUGACUCUCUGCUCUGGGCCAUCGUCACCGUCUUUCAGAUUCUGACUCAGGAGGACUGGAACAUGGUGCUGUACAAUGGGAUGGCAUCCACCUCGCCCUUUGCUGCUCUCUACUUUGUGGCUCUUAUGACAUUUGGAAACUAUGUGCUCUUCAAUUUACUGGUGGCCAUCUUGGUUGAGGGUUUCCAAGCGGAGGGCGAUGCGAACCGCUCUUACUCGGACGAUGACAGGUCUUCCUGUAAUUUUGAGGAGAAUGAUAAACAGAAAGACUCUCUGCAUCUCUCAGACCCAAAGAUCUCUACACUCACCCCAAAUGGGCACCUGGACUUGUCCGCACUUCACCAAGGUCUGUUUCCAGGAGAGAGGUUGACCUUUGCCCUCGGCUCCAGAAAGAACAGUGUUAUUUCUCUUGGUCGGGCCAACUUGGAGCAAAGGGCAAUGUAUCCAGGUCGAAGUUGUCACAACUGGGGUCACCCGCUGCCGACCCAGCCUCAGGCCCUGUGGGCCCGUCGUUCCAGCUGGAACAGCCUGGGACGAUGCCGCCCCUGGUCCUCGUCUCCCUCCACGAGUCCCGCCUUCACGCCCACCUCCGCAAGGCCCUUCUAUGGCUAUGGCCUGGGGGCUCUUGGCGGAGUAGUCGGAGGAAGCCUUCGUAUCCGGGGUCCCCGUGCCUCUUCAUCACCGCGCCGCCACCUCCAUCAUGUUAACCAGGAUGAGGAGGAGUCUCUCCUCUCUCCUCCCGCCGUUGCUCCAAACUCUCUUCACCUUCCUCAUCCGAUGCUGCCGAGCCACUUUGUACCCAGGAGGGACCGCAGAGCCCUAUCACUGGAGCUGCCCUACCUGCUGCAGGUCCCGGGUUCCCCGCACCCUCCACCCCUGCCACACCUCCCGCUGCCCCCCGUGACGCUCCAUGCUCACCACAGGAAGAAGAGCUUCUCCGAGGGUAUGGUUAGCGGUGGAGGGGGUGGUGGCGGCGUGGGCAGUGGGCUCGACACUCUGGGUGUCCUAGGAGGGGUACACCAAGACUGUAAUGGGAAGCCUCCUCUGUCUCAGCUCCUCCAGCUCCCUCCUAGACGCCACACUGAGCAGGCUGGAGGGGCAAUGCCCACAAGCCAGCUGAUGGUCGACGUCUUCCCCCAGGUUAACACACGCAGCAAGGACCGGGAGGACCUGGACGAUGACAUUGAAUAUAGCUUGUGCUUCCGCAUCGAGAAGAUGUUAGAUGCGUACAAACCAGAAUGGUGUGAGAGCAGAGAGGAAUGGUCUGUCUUCCUGUUCUCCCCACAGAACAAAUUCAGACAUAUAUGCCAGUCCAUCAUAGCCCACAAGCUGUUUGACUAUGUGGUGUUGGCCUUCAUCUUCUUCAACUGCAUUACAGUCGCUCUGGAGAGGCCCAAGAUACUACAGGGCAGCUUGGAAAGAGUCUUUCUCACCAUCUCCAACUAUAUCUUCACUGCCAUCUUUGUGAGCGAGAUGACACUCAAGGUGGUUUCCAUGGGUAUGUAUGUGGGUGAACAGUCUUACCUGCGGAGCAGCUGGAACAUUCUGGAUGGCUUCCUGGUUUUUGUGUCUUUGAUUGACAUUGUCGUGUCCAUGGCGGGUGGGGCCAAGAUCCUGGGUGUUCUGAGAGUACUGCGGCUGCUCAGAACAUUGCGUCCCCUCAGGGUGAUUAGCAGAGCUCCCGGUCUGAAGCUGGUGGUGGAGACCCUCAUCACUUCCCUCAAGCCCAUUGGCAACAUUGUCCUCAUCUGUUGUGCGUUCUUCAUCAUCUUUGGCAUUCUUGGGGUGCAGCUGUUUAAAGGCAAGUUCUUCUACUGUUUCGGACUCAACAUCAAAAACAUCACGAACAGGUCUGACUGCCUGCAAGCCAACUAUAAGUGGAUCCACCACAAGUACAACUUUGACAACUUGGGGCAGGCUCUGAUGUCCCUGUUUGUACUGGCCUCCAAGGACGGCUGGGUAAACAUCAUGUAUCACGGCCUGGAUGCUGUGGCCGUGGACCAACAGCCGGUGACCAACAACAACCCGUGGAUGCUGCUGUAUUUCAUCUCCUUCCUCCUCAUCGUCAGCUUCUUUGUCCUCAACAUGUUUGUUGGCGUGGUGGUGGAGAACUUCCACAAGUGCCGCCAGCACCAGGAAGUGGAAGAGGCCAAAAGGCGCGAGGAGAAGCGUCAGCGGCGCAUGGAGAAGAAGAGGAGAAAAGCCCUGAAGCUGCCCUACUUUGCCAGCUACGGCAACAUACGCCUGAUGAUCCACACACUGUGCACAAAUCACUACCUGGACCUCAUCAUCACCUUCAUCAUCUGCAUCAACGUCAUCACUAUGUCCUUAGAGCACUACAAUCAACCUCAUUCUCUGGAUCUCGCACUGAAGUACUGCAACUAUUUCUUCACCUCUACGUUUGUGCUGGAAUCGGUACUCAAACUCACCGCUUUCGGCUUUCGGCGCUUCUUCAAGGAGAGGUGGAACCAGUUGGACCUCGCCAUUGUGCUUCUGUCAGUGAUGGGAAUCACCCUGGAGGAGAUCGAGAUCAGUGCAGCGCUGCCCAUCAACCCCACUAUCAUCAGGAUCAUGAGAGUACUGAGGAUAGCAAGAGUGCUGAAGCUGCUGAAGAUGGCGACAGGGAUGAGAGCCCUGCUGGAUACAGUGGUCCAAGCCCUGCCUCAGGUGGGUAACCUGGGCCUGCUCUUCAUGCUGCUGUUUUUCAUCUACGCCGCCUUAGGAGUAGAGCUAUUUGGAGAACUUGUUUGCAAUGAAGACUACCCGUGUGAGGGUAUGAGUCGUCACGCGACCUUUGAAAACUUUGGCAUGGCCUUCCUAACGCUUUUUCAAGUCUCCACGGGCGACAACUGGAAUGGCAUCAUGAAGGACACGUUGAGGGAGUGCCCACCGGACCACGGCACUGAUGUGGACUAUGGCUGCAACCCGAUCCUUCAGUUUAUUUCGCCCAUGUACUUUGUCUCCUUCGUGCUCACCGCCCAGUUCGUGCUCAUCAAUGUGGUGGUGGCCGUGCUGAUGAAGCACCUGGACGACUCCAACAAGGAGGCCCAAGAGGAGGCGGAGAUGGAUGCAGAAAUUGAGCUGGAGCUGGCCCAGGGCACCCUCUGUUGCAUGGGCGCCCCCGGCUGUGGGGGCGGGAGGGGGGACAAAGGACUGGCCCCUGCUGGACCUGGAGGCACAGCGGGGGGCCAUGACAGAGGAUGUGGAGAGAGGGGAGAAGGAGUGAGGAGGAUGCUUCAUUCAGCAGGCAGUGCACACUCGGGAGCGUACAGCUCCUGUGACUCCAGCCAAACUCAGUACUCACCUGCACAAGAGAGCCAAUGGCUGGACAGCGUAUCUCUUCUGAUCAAGGAUACACUGGAGGGGGAGAUGCUGAUGAUCGACAACCUCUCCGGUUCUGUCUUCCACCACUAUUCUUCUCCCCCAACCAUCUGCAGGGAUUGCAAGGGUCAUCCACAAGAGCAGAUCCGGAUGGCGGAGGUUGAGCAGGCGUCGCUGAAGUCGGAGCAACUGUCAGACAAGUCGUCAUCCCCCGCGCUGCCAGACGACCUCAGCCUGGACGAGCAGACUGCCGACCAGCUGCUGGCGCGAGAGGGCAAGGGAAGGUGCAGCAGUGACUCCCGCAGCUCGGAAGAGGCUGCGGGUGGAGGAAGUUACGCAGGAGGCCACCAGGCUCGGCCCGUGGCGCAGAGCCAGGUGCAGGGGGCGGGCCUGGCCUGCCGGGCCCUCGGCACUGGCAUGGAGGUGGAGACCGCACUGCAGGAGCUGCAAACACACCAACAGCAUAUGUGCUCACCUCACUGGAGCCCUGGUGGCGUUUCCAGCAGCAGCAACAAGGAUAGAAACAAAGGAGGAGGCGGAGCCAGUGGCAUUUCUCCUCUCUUCCAUCUGUCUGCAGAGUUCUUCCACCCUGCAGGAGCAGCCAUCCCUGCGCCUCCCCGCAGUAGGAGCUUACGGUUGUCGAGGGGCCUUAGGCUGACCUCCCCUGACUCCUGGGCUUCACUGCGCUCCCCAGGAGCCCAAAGCAAGAUGCUCUGUUCACAGUAUCCGUCCCACAGUGACUCCUCCCUGACGACAGGCAGCUCUGAGGGGAGCCUCCAGACCACCCUGGAGGAGGGGCUGAGCUUCAGCUUCUCUCCGCCACAGAACUUGGAGUCCCCUUUGCCUUUGACAGCUCCCUUGCCACUCGUGUGCCCACUCCCGUUGCCCGAAGACAGGCCUGCCAAUUCCUCCCCAAUCCAGACCCUGAGACCAAGGCCGAGCCCCUCAUCGGCCCUCACCCUCCAGGCCACCAGGGGCCACCAGCGUAGCCAGAGCAGUGGCCGAGGUAGCGCCAGCCCGGGCUACACCCGUGAAGACUCCAUCGACCCCUCAGACGAGGACCUGGGCAUCGGUAUCGGGUCAUCAAUCGGUGGUUGUGGCUCCAGCCAGGCGGGUAACAGCGAACACUUGUCGGAGACACUGAGCAGCUUGUCGCUGACAUCGCUGCUGCCGCCCAGCUCCCUCGUGUACCCAGGAGGGGGGGUGAAGAAGUGCAACAGCACAGGCAGCCUGGACCAGGGGGGGAUACUGCUGUCGUCCCGGGGCCGGGAGGGACGCAGAGAGCUCCUGGGCUUGGAGCUUAUGGACCCCCAAGGCUUCUUGGCCAACCCCUGGGCGGGGGUGUUGGUGGACACAAGAAGAGGAGGAGGACGAGUUCAAAUAGGAGAUGGCGAGCAAGGGUUCAAAGGCAAGAGCUCAAGCCAAACAACAGUAGGGCCUUGUCGGAAAAACAGAUGAAACCUAUUGUUCACUCUUUCUUUGUCUCUCCAUUCCUUGGAUCUAAACCCAUAGCUGUCCCUCUCUCUCUCUCUGCUUCCAUCAGUGAGAGAGAGGCUCGAUGACACACGAUGUCCCGCAUUCCAAAACCAAACCCUCAUCUCGCCCCCUCAACCUCUUUCUAUACAUUUGUGACACGCCCAUGUCCUACAUUGUGGUACCUAGGGGCGUGGUCUUGGUUACAGCCUGCUGGUGAGGGUGUGGCCUGAAAAGUGAAGGCCUUGUCCCCUCUUGAAGACUGAACCUGUUCGGGAGGACGAGGGACGGCUUUGCAUAUCAGCGAGUCAAGAGGAGCUUGAUGACACAAGGAAGAGUCUUGUUGUCGCUCUCUUGUAGGUUCCUUUAUCCGGUGUCGGUUUGGGUUCACUGAUGUUGAAAAUGCAAAAAUAGAAGAACCCAAACUGAAAUAUCUCUACAUGCAAACUCAGACCCGUUUGAGCCGUUUAUGUCUCAGAGGAAUCGCAAAGCAAGUAAGUGGGAGGAGGCUCGGAAAAAGGCCGAAAAUGUGAAGGCGGAAGGAAGGCGGGGAAAGGAGAAGACGGGUCAUUUGUUUGGCUGGGAAAGCAGAAAGCGGAUCUAAUGUCCAUCUGCUCCGGCAGACGGAAACAACAAGUUAUACUCGCUCCGGCACAGGACCUUCUGCUGAGUCGAGAGUAAAACACAAGGUGGAGGAGAGUUCAAGAGGGUGUGCUCACAGUCUGUGAGAGCCUGGCCUCAGGUAUCCAAGGCAUGAAUUCAAUCAUUCUCACCGCUUCCCCACACCUCUGUGUUUCUGAAAGAGAGGAUCGCUAUUGACUGAUCAAAGGUCUGUGCCUCUGUCAACUUACUUUUGAGCGGCAGCGGGAAAUGAAAAGGAAUUGACGGAUUGCGGAGGUAAAACCAACCACGGAGGGAUUCGUGAAAUCGGUUAUUUUUCUUUCUCUCUCCGGCAUCUGUCACUCACUCAAGAAAUGAGUGCGAAAGAGAGCGAGAUCGGCGCUUUACACCCCCCGUCAAAAGGAACAAUAAUGUGUGCGCGGGGCAGCGCUGUGUUCACCGCUCCUGAAUGAAGGGAGACUUGGAGCUCCUUCUGACGCCGCGUGUGACGAGUGGACAGACGCACAGGAGUCGGCGGGACCUUGACUGCAUGAUGCAUUUAACUAAGAUUUGUUUUGUAUCUAUAUACAGACGUGUAUCAAGAUGUCAAUGUUGGGUGAUAACCAUGUGAUUUCUAUUCCACUAUUUUUGUAGAAAAGAGAAUAGGCAGGUGCAAGUGUUGCCGUUAUUUGUCCCCAUUCCGUUGAACCCAUACGAUCUAUUUGACUUGUUGUCUAGGACUUUUUGUCUGCCAGUGGCUUCCAGUUUUAUAACAUUUUUUAAGGUGUGGACGGUGUAUAAAACAACGAAGCAAAAAAUGUCAAACUAACUCUGUCCGCUGAAGUGAUUGUUCCCUCCAGCACAUUUCUCUUUGGGAACACCGGUUCCUCUUGGAUUUAUUUUAUUUAUUUAUUUUCAACGUUGGAGUCCUAGUGGACAAGCAGAGAUGGGAACAGCCAUAUUCACUCAGCACAUGAGGAUCGUUCUAUAGCUCACAGACAUUCCUGGCUGUACACAAGGAACUUUGUUUGCUUUUAGCCUCCUAUUCUUAAAAAAAAAAAAAAACGUGAAUAUCAUAUCUAUGAAAGCUUUAAUUUGAGAGUUACGGCACAACACAUCCAUUUUCGACACAUCGGUGUGUCUUAAGCAUGGUUCUGGGAUUGCAAUACAGUAUGCUUUUUCUUGAAAUGACACAUUGAUGCACUCAUCUUUUGUUCACACAGACUCGAUGUGGUAGCAGCCCCUUCUCACACCAUAGUUUGACAUCCGAAGCUGACGCUGUCACGAUGAACAGCGGUUUGCAUCUUUUAGUGCAAGCUGAUUUUGGCUUCUGCCGCUUGAUGAAUCACCCCGUCCAAACAGGCUCAUCUUUAAGCCUGAGUUCUAGAGGUAGACUGUUGUAUCCCUUGUCUUUAAAAAACAUGACCUUGUUUUUUUUCUUCUUUUUCUCAAAAAUAAUGAGGUGAUGCGAGGGUUUUACCUUUUUUUAUCAUGCAAAAUCACUUUGAUGACUAUGUUUUAGCACAUGGUGUUGGGUAUUAAUGAGCGAUAGUAAAGACAGUUGUGGGUGCGUGUGUGUUUAUGACUACAGGUGAAGUGAUUGCCUUUUCCUGAAGUGUCCUGUUUGUCAGUGAGGAGACCUGAAAUUAAAGGUUGAAGAGGGAAGACACGAAGCAACCAAGGGCUGUUAUAGCUUCAAAGAUACAUCCUCCUAUCUUUCUGAGACCAAUCCUUGUGUCAACUGAAUAUGACAUCAAAGGUUAAAGCCUGACUACGCAGCAAUAAAUGUUCUAUGUGUCUGCCCUGAGUAAAUGAUGUCAAUGUGAUUUUUAUCUCCUCAGAAUUCUACAGUAUUCAUUACUGUCUGUUUCUGCUCCUACUUGUCUGAACUUACAGCCAAUCAGAGAGCACCUCUGCCCUCUCAGAGACAAAUCAGUAGAGAGAUGGGCUGCAAUUGGACAUCAUGAACAAAGUGAGGUUAUUGAACUCAGGUCGGGGGGUAAAAACCACUGGUAAAUCUUUAAAGGUAGCUGUAAAGGUGUGCUCAGACUGAACCCACAGCACAUUUACACUUUGCUUUACUCGCACAAAUUAGGCUGCCGGAGUGUUUUACACGCGACAAACAGCCAAUGCACCCGCAGGCCAGAUGUUAUUACAACCUAACAACACACCAACUGCUCCUGAGCACUGUGCCUUUGUACAGUGUGUGUGUGUGUGUUGCAGUCGGACCGAUUUACCACCAUCUGAAGUUGUUUCUGUUGUUUUCUUCCAGGGUUGUUUUCUCCUCUCUGUUUGUUGACGAGGUGGAGUACAACCGCUCGGGAUACGCGCACGUUCCUUGCUAAAGCAUCAACAUUUUCAACGUGUGCGGACUUGUUUUUACUUUAAUUGGCGCUGCGGCCCUGAGCGACCUUUGACCUGCUCUCCUCGUAUGCGAUCACGCCGCCUAUAGAAUGAGCUUUCCUUCAGUCUGAACACACCUUAAGAGUGUACAAUUCACAUUUGUACAUAUCUUUGUAUUUUGAUCUGCAUGUGUGCAUUGCUGCCAGUGACCAUGAUUAUCUCGUUAGUAUGCAUUUCAUAAAAUUGUACAAA